AUGGGUGAGAACAAAGAAUUUGGUAGAAAAGUCGUUUUGGGAGUGGAUGCUAGUGAAGACAGCGAAAGAGCAUUUGACUGUAAGCGAAAAGUGUAUGGACCCUGUUGUUGAAAGUUGUAGCAGAUUUUGUCAGUGAUCCCCACCCUCAAGUUUUAUCGAUAAAAAUGAUCUGGUUAGAAAUUAUAAGGUGAACAAAAUAUUGAAAUUUUUUCCCGUCACUUGAAUUGUUGAUCGGUGGCGAUUGCUAGAGAACUGAUAAUUAUUCUGGCACCUCUUUCGGAGAACCAUAACUUUCUCACUGUGAAUUUUCGUGCAGUAGUGUUAAUAUGAAUUGUUUUUUUUAUAAAAGCUUAAUAUAUUCUCCCGAUAGCUAUAAAUGGUUUUAUAUUCUUUACUUCGGGUAAGGAUCUUCGGGGAUGAAAAUAGCACUGAUGUAGAUCACUGCAAUGGUAUCGUGUCAAAAUAAAUGCUUUGAUAGGGAGACUAAUAUGGAUAAUAAUAGAUAUAAAGAUUAUUGUUUUGGCAAUUUCCCGGCUGGGGAGGAGACUGUCAGCAUUAUUUUUAUUUGAGAAUAAAUGUUAUUCAAAUAGUGCAUCGAUCACAGUAAUUUCUUAUGUGCUAAGAAAUAUGGAUCGCAAUAUUGCAUUGUUUUUGGAUGCUUAACAGGUAUAUAAGCUUAAUUCAAAUGACAAAAUUACGAACUCGCAUGGUGGCUUAUUUUGUACUAGGAAAUUGAGUUCAUAUUAUGUUUUGUUUUCAGGGUAUGUCAAAAAUAUUGCCAAAGAAAAUGACCUUGUAAUGAUCAUCCAUGCUCAAAAAUACCCAAUCAUUUCUGGAUGGUUCUAUCCCAGUAAGUGCUUCAAAUAUCAUUAAAAUCUCAUUAUAGUUGUAAAUUGUUAUUUUUUUGCCACUAUAAGGGGUGCAAUGGACAAACUCGAAGUUGGGUUUCAGAGCUCCAGCAGGCAACAGCAAAAUAAGUGUAAAAUUCAAUUCUACUCCAAGGGGACAAUUUCCCUUGGAUUCAGUCACCUUACUUUUCAGUCACUUUUACUCGGAUAACUCGAAUUCCCCGCUAACUCGAAAUAAAUUUCGUUUCCCUUGAUCAAAAUUUCACUGAAAUUUACCCCGAUAAAUCGAAUUCUGAUUGUUGCAACUCACCACGACUGUUAUCCCUAUAACUUUUCUUUUAACACCUAAAACUCAGGGGCACCCAAUGGAUCUGUUCCUCAAAAUAUCUGUUCUUCAGGCACAUUUUUGCUGGCUGGGAGAUGUGAAAGAAAUAAUAGUCCUUGGAAGGAAAGUGUUGCUGGGGAAAAGAUAAUUCAGGGUGUCAGAGGGGAUUUGAAGUCUAGAAUAGCUGCUACGGGUUACUUGUAUGAGUUACUUACCACUCAAGAUCUGAAUUGUGCCCUAUGAAACUUCCCAGUAAGUCAGGUUGCAGGUUGUAAGGUUGCUGGCUGGGAACUCUUCCAUCAGUCUUGCUGGGAGUGAGGAACAGAUAAUUUUUUUCCAGCAAUCUCCCAAAAUGCUUAAAAUAGUCUCAGAAAACUUUAUUCACGCUUUGUUGUUGUUUUUAGGUCUUUUUCUCAAAAUUUCCCGUUGGGUGCCCCUGAAAACUAACACUACACAAUUUGUUAAAUAGAUGCAACGAACAGAUCACGUAUUUGACAAUCAUUUUCCUGAAUUAUCAUAAAAAUGCGUAAACGUGUUACAAUAUAAUUUCUGAUGAGAUAAGUUCAAUUUGCACUCUGCUGUAUGCUGAAGUGCUGAAAUAUAAGUAAACUAUAAAUAUUCACUUGGUAAAUUGAAGCUUCAACAUGCCCCCCCGCCCCCCGGGCAAACCCCGGGCAUUUGACUUUUUUGAAAAUUAUUGUUCAAAUUUCCCCCUACCCGGGCCAAAAUGCCGUUCAAAUACCCCACACUGGGGUCCAUUCAGGUGAUCAAAUGCCCCCACCCUGGGGACAUUUUACAGGCACAAAAAUGACAGAAGGGCGGCAGAAACGCCUUCAGUUGUCGAACAAAAUCUUUAUAAAUAUAAUAAAAACUGAGAAACACUGUUAGCGUACUUACUACGAACAAACGUCUCGUGCAAAGCGGCGGAAAUCGCUGCUACAAGGUCACUGAAUGCUCAGCUUUUCUUCGUCAUGCAACAUACAAAGCGUUCUAUAAAAAAGAUCCCACCUAUUGAGAUAACCACAUCAUCACCAUUCCACUGACAUGCAUUGUAACCGAAGUCACGCGUAUUAGUGUCCAACCACUUUAUUUUAUAAAUCACACUCCUACGGUAUUGUACAACCAAAAAUACAAAGAAUGUAGAAAUCAGUACAAAAUAACAAAUACAUCAAAGAAAACGGAAAAGCGUACAAAUGGCGUAUGACUAAAACUUACCUUAACGGUUUCUUGACUUAACGUUAAAAGGAAUGAGCUGUUCUUGACCGAUAAAAACUGUAAAAAACACUGACCGACAAGACUAAGUUUAUACCAAAAAACUUGACAGAUUACGUAACAUUAUGCAACGAUGGUGACACCAAAAAGAAAGUAAAGAAUAUAACAAAAGAAAACUAUAAACAAUUACAGCUAAUUGCAAGUAGACGCUAACAAAAAAAAACAAAGAAAACCCUAAGUUCUAGAAGUUUCGCUUUAACAUGCAUCAUCGUUCACCUUAUUAAUUAACAUACUUGCAGUAGGUCGAAGUAGUUGAUCUGGGCUUUUUAUUUUAUUUUAUUUUAUGUUGUUGAAUUGAAUCGCCGGUAUAGGUAUUGUAUUUCAUUGUAAAUACAACAAUAAAAUACAUUCAUACAUUCAAAGUCUCAAUCCAAUAUUAAAAAUUGUAAAAUUUAAAUACUUCAAAUACGUCACUAAGCUUAGCUUGUUUAAGCACUUUCCUUGUAACCAAUUGGCCACAAAGGCACAAUCUUUUCCACGAAAAUCCUCUAACACCGCGUCCCCCAUAGCUCGCCACGCCAAAGAUUCUACAUGAAAUCGAGGGUGCAGUUAAAAUUCCCCACCCCUAAAGCAUGGGGAUCAAAUUCCCCAUCCCCUGGAAGGCUCCGAUAAUCAAAUUCCCUCCUCCCCGGGACGGCAAAGGUGUCAAAUGCCCGGGAUAUGCCGGGGGGGGGGGGCAGAUUGAAGCUUCGAUUUAAACGAUACAUUACCGGGUUCUACUGUAUUUUCAUGACCAUCCCCUCCCUCAUUCUAGAAACGUCACCAACAGCUGAAUUUCUUUACAUUCUUGUAGCUGGCUCUGCGGCAUCGCCCGAAGAAUGUCAGCAUUUGAUGGAAGAAAGUGAUAAACAAGUCAAGGAGCUACUGGAAGGAUUUGGAACAAGGUGCAUUCACUCAAAGGUUGAUAUCGUACUGCAUCACACUAAGCUCUUUUCAAAUUGGUUUCACACUCAGACUGACUCGUCCCCAGACCUCUCUUUUGUCGGUCUUAAAUAUAACGAGGAUAGCGUGAACCGCUCUCCUGCGACUGGUCCUUGACCUCUUAUGAAACUGUAAGAGGCGAAUGGAGACGAGUCAGGGUUUCACGUGAAAGGUUUGUGCAUAAGGAAUAACCAAAGAGUUUAAUAAUCGAUUUUUCUCUUUUUGUAGCUGACGUUCAAAAUGUACAAGGAAGAGAGCAAAAGGCCUGGAGAAGUGAUUUGUAAACUGGCAGAAGACGAAAGUGCAGACCUGAUUGUAAUAGGGUCACGUGGCAUUGGAACUCUGCGUCGUACUUUUCUUGGCAGUGUCAGUGAUUACUGUGUACAUCAUGCCCAUAUCCCGGUUUUGGUCGUUCUACCUUCUCAUCUUCAUUGAGACCAUGUAGGACCAUUUAUAGUUUCUUUCGAUUGAGAAGUUCCCUGAUCCUAAAUGGGACCUUCACAUCAAGUGGACUCGUCGUUUUAUUUCUGAUCUUGACUCAUUCAGUUACAAGCAGAACGCAGAUUAGAGCUUCAGUUUACUGUGAAGGCUUUAUAGCAUAUGCCGGUUACUUCCAGUAGUAUGUGGAUCUUUGCGUAAGAUUACCAAAUGGCGGAAAGUCUAAAUAUGCCGAUCUUUGCAUCUUUUGCUCAUUUAAUAUUCAGGGAGCACUGUUCUAAAAACAGAUGAAAACACAUUCUGGUUGUUGGUUCUCAAAACAAAUUAAAUCAUUAGUUUUACGAAGCUGAUGAAUACCUUUUUGUCUCGCGUAAAGGUUUAUACAGGUUUUGGCUUAUCAGCAUAAGAUCGAGAAACCGGUUUGCUGAAUUAAUGUGCCAAAAAUCAAGAUUUCUAAUUAGCUGUAUUAAGAUGAAGAUGUAUUAGUACUGUUCAACCGCACUGCAGAGAAAAGUGACAAGAAGAUACGUAAAAAGGUUAAAGGCUUUAUUAUCACACCCAUUUAGGCCGUUUAUGUCAACCAAUUAUAAGAAAAGUCACUGAGGGGAGUUAGGAAACCCCAAAGCCAGUGGCUCAGGGUUAACACUGCUUUGCAAGCAGGCGUUUGUAGAUGGAGUUAAUUUUUCAAUUGGUUAUAAUUAAUUAAAUCAAUUAAAUAUUACUUGCUGUAAACGUGAUUUGUAUAUUAGUCAUGGGUAAAUAAAGAACAAAUUAGCCAACUUUUAUACCUGUUGUGGCAAUGCAUAGACUAACCAAGCUGCAGUAUCCGUCUGAGGUCCCCAGGGCUCUUUUUUGGUGACACUGCUGUUUAUAAUAUUUUGUGAAUGAAUUGCUGAUUGUUCCCGAGUUUGAUGAUACUGCUUUUAAUUUCUCCUAGAAACUUAUUUCUGAAAUUGAAUCUAUGCUGAACGUUUGCGACUGGAUGGAACCUAAUCAACUUACUCUUGACAUCUACGUGAAUAGCGGCAAUGCGAUGCUCAGUAGAACUGACUCUAUCACUAUUUUCGCUGACUGGUAACAUUUUAACAAAGUCCAGUCAUCUCAUUUCAUAAUUAUAGUAACUGGUCUAAUAAUAAUAUUCGUAUAUCUUUUGCUCUGAAAACGGGGACAUUAGACAACUCUAUUCUGAGCUGCAGAUGUAUGCAUAUUGCUUAAACUGAAGUGGCGUGGCUUGUACAACAAGGCCAAAAGCCGUAGUUUCGAUUUGCUACUUAGCACAAAUUUUAGCACGUACAUUAUUCUUAAUUUUAUUCCUAUUUCUUGACUUAUUCCAAUUCAGUGAUAAUUACUUAAGUUCUUUUUAUACAUUUGCUAUCCAUAGAAAUUUCACUCAAUUCAUUCAGUUUUAGUUGUAAAACACUUCGUGAUUUCCGCCUGCUUUUUAAAAGUAAUGUUUUGAUAUUUUUGACCGAUUAUUUUUACCUAACAGUCAGGCCACAGCCUGCACAAGAAAUUUAAACUACCCACUUGAAAAAAAGUGAAAAGGUAAAAUUGUUCCGAUCUCAAAAUAUUUAGGAUGUAAUAAACCAUGGGGGUAAAAUAGCUUUCAUCUCCAUUGACAAGUUGCGCCUCGUUGUCGCGGUUAAGCCGCAACUGAGGACACCGCACAACAGUUUUUCAAUGGACGUUUUCGCGGAAAAAAGUCGUCUUGGGGCUCCUUCGAUUCAUGUUUCCGUUCUUUUCUUCUUAGAAAUCAUAGCUGUCUGAAACAUUGAUGGCGAAAAACAGCUUAAAAAGGGCCUCAAGAAACCAAUAAUUCGGAGAAACUUUGAUCCAAAAGCAAAUUGUUUCUACAUAGAAACUGUGCAAGUAAUUUAUCACAGUCAAUAAUCUGACCGUCUCUUAAAAACAAUUGGCGCAAGGCGUUAGCUAAAAGUUUUAAAUAAAAGGAAAAAACUAAGAGACGUUUGCAAAGUUUACAAAGAUGUGAGCAUGUGAAUGACUAUAGAACCAUUGUAGAAUAAACCAGGUAAGUGGUGCAUGAGUGGGAAGAGGGGGAGGGGGAGGGGGGCAAAAGACCCUCUGGCCCUCCCUCUCCAAGGUCCCUGUAAAAGCCAAGAUUCUUUGAUGAUGAGAAACAGUUCCGGGGUCGUACGGUGGUCCUCUUUCUCAUAAACUCGAGCCACGUAGACACGAUUUAGUGGCCGCUGCCGUUGUUGAGAGGCUUAAACAAGAGUCAAUGUUUGGACUGUCCGCCGGGACAAAAAGAAGCUGAAAGAAGUGGCCGUUAUGGAGACGUGGCCGUUAGUGGAGUUUCGACUGUAGUUCAGUUAUUCCAAAGUAAAGAGUUGCCUCACCGCUCUUUUCAAUAGUGAUGUAGGGAUGGAAGUUUUUUUGUGGCUCAGAGAUGCGCGCUCUUCGCGCGCGCUUUGGCAGCGACGAUUGCGUGCACGUCACAACAAGAUCGCUAGCGAGGUUGACUAGGUUGACUAGGUUGGCUAUCCAGCAUGCACGAAACGCACCCAGAAACGCACCGAUACAUGGAAUAUCGCACGUUCUUACAUACUCCCCGCUGUGCGUGACCGAUAGCAGGCUCCGACAGGUACCAGUUCACAGCUCUGCCACGUUAAACAAGAGUGCAAUGGCGGAGAAGACAACAAACGGUAGGAAAGUCCUCAUUGCAGUAGAUGGCAGCGAGCACAGUGAUCGAGCAUUCGAAUGUGAGUAGGGUGAAAAUAUAUAGGGAGAAAAUAUUUUCUAUUGAUCUAAAAAACUUUGGGUCUGGCAACGGGCCAUACGUCACAAAUUGUUCGUGACUGUGGUAAUGCCUGCGUUGUAGAGAGCAUAAACAUGUUUUCAGUAUAAAACACUAUUUAGCUCGGCCUUAUAACGGAAGAUGUUGCGAGCCGCCUAAAUUAGAUCGCUUGGAAUGUGAAAUUGGACAAAAAGUUCCAUGACCGAUCAGAAUUGUAUUUAGUUGGUGUUGUAAAAUUUGGUCUGAGUAUUUUUAUAGUAGACUUCACGCCAUCUCGUGAUUACAUUAACCUAUAAGCUUAUAAAUUAACAUUUUAAGAAUUUCAGUCAAAACCUCUCGAUGUCGUUAGAAAUUUGAUUCUGCAAAAAUGCAAAUAUCCUACAUUUUCAUCCCAGUAGUAAAGUUAGGCCCGGUUCAGAUGCCGUUCUUCACAUUAGCCGAUAUUAAACCGCGUCCAAGGCUUAUUUAGCCUAAAAAGUAUUUUAACCUUUUUUCUUGGGGAGGGGGUUGGGGGUUAUUCCAUUAGAAAGGGCCUGAGAUACUAAACUUGGUGUUUUUUAAUUUAUAAAGUACGACAGACAAAUUCUGCGACUGCCUUAUAUGGCCCUCCAUAUCACAGCUUUGAUUGUACUGAGAUAAAUAGUUUUCUAUUCUUACAUUGACAUGAUAAUUAUAUUUCAUUCAGACUACACAAAAAGUAAGAACUCAAAAAUAUUAGUUGUUAACAUAUAAUGUUCAUUGAAAUUUUAGUUGCCCAACUGGGAGAUUUGUAGUUUCCCCUAGCAAGCGGGCAACCAUCAACCCCUGGGACUAAUAUGGAGGGUUUGCAUGCACUUUGAAAGUCCUUGAAUUUAAAUAAACAUUCAAGGCCUUGGAAGUCCUUGAAAAUAACAGUUGGUGGUGGAAAGUCCUUGAAUUUCAGUGCUAACUUUAUUCAAUCCAAAGGAAAAGGAGCAAACACAGAAAGACCUUCAGGAUAAAAUUGGUCAUGUUGCAGAAGAGCUAAAAAAGACAUAGAUUCAAGCCUCUCUUUUGCACUGAAGAGAGUUGUUGAAAAAUGGGAAAUAUGUCCUUGAAAGUUGUUGAAAAGUCCUUAAAUUUUUUGGCCAAAAAUUUAGGAACCCUGAAUAUCCCAUCAAGGGGAUGUGAAUAAUAAUCCUACCGUGUUGGACAAAAACGUUAAGAUAAUAGGACAUAAUUUUCUAUGUUUAGUUCAAAGAGAAAGCUCUUGAAAGCACUGGGAACUACAAAUACUCCUCCUGAAUAACAAUGUUGAAGUCCACUGGAUCAUUUCUACCCGUGACUGAAUGACCAGGCUGGGGUGGGAGGAGGGGUUAUUGCAGUACCAAAUCCUUGGGAUGGGUGUCUAGGGGGUAAGAAAGUCCAGAAUUCUAAAAAACUUGUCUAAGAACCUGGGUGCUUCAUGUUGCGGAAAUAGGGGUAAACUCUGGUCUUGUGGACCUGAUCAGGCAUGUGGGCCCCUUGCUGCUUGGGCUAAUGUUCAGAUCAAAGAUAAAUAAUAAGCUAUUAUUUUAUCCUUAGUAUAAACUAAAACAGUGGAUAGUGCUUUUCAUGUGCUCUGAUUGGCUACUCAAACUCGGGAUAUCCAGUGCUAUUACUUUCGAACAACACCAAACUUGCGUAAGUUAUGGGAAAAAUGGCUACCUGGUUUGCUACCAUAACAAACAAAGAAAUUUUACAACUAAAUGAAGAAGCUGUUCUGGAAAAACAUGAAGAAGGCAAUGAAAUUCGGUUGGCAUUUUUUACAGGUAAAGCUUUGUCUGUUUAACCUGGAUUCAUCGAUGAAACCGAUGAAAAAGUUCUUUGUUUACAAAAUAUGCAAAUUAAUUGUUGAGUUACUUUAUUUAGCUGUAUGGUCAUUAAUAACUUCAAAAGCAAAUUAAAUGUUUUUUUACACAAUGGUUUCAAAUAAAGAGAGAACUGACAAUUCUUUUUGAAGAAAUGACCCUGCAACAGUGAAACAAAUGCCCUCAAAUACUUUAUUUAUUGGCAAGAAAAUGUAACAGCUGUUUGGUCAAUUGCAUGCCAAAUUUGUUAUCGUUGGCAGCAAUAAAUGAGUUAAAAAUCAUCAUUUUUUGCUGAAUUAUCUCUCUGUUUUAGUAUGUACUAAUACAAUAUUAUUCACCUCAGUGUCAGUGGCUAGUGUUGGUUAUUUACCUGGCCACUUUGUGGCUCAGUAACUAUGCACCACUGGCCACUGUCACUCAGGUGAAUAAGUGUUAAAUAUUUAAUGAUAUAUGUGAAUAAAGAGCUCAAAGAAUAACAUUUUAGUAAGAAAUGAGUGAGGGAGUUAGACAUGGCUUAUGUAGUUCUUGCAGAUAUCUUGGAUUAACUGAGAAUUUUCUUCAAUAGUUUGAUUUUUUUCCGUAAAGAAUUUUUUGUGUACGGUUUGUGUUUCCUAUACUCACUGAUCUUUCAUUUUGAACUGAAUUAUCCAUGAAACAGUGCACGAAAUUCCUCUGGAACAAAGGUUAUGGUUAAAAAAAGGUGCACUUAAUCUUAAAAUAAUUCACUUAAAACUGGAGUGUGGUCUUCAUUGCUCACAUUGCAUUUUGUUGGUGAAUAAUAAAUUUGGUCAAAAAUUGAAAUGGUUCAAAAACAUUGCUGGACUUUUGCAUAUAGACUUGUUCUGACCUGGAGUCAAUAAAAUUCAGCAAUUUUUUCCACUGGUUUGCCUUUCUUUUCUGAGAAAGAAUGUAUUAAUAAACAAAAAGCCCUAAUUUGUCAGAUGUGCCCUUGUUCCACAGAUGCCUUCAACUAUUAAUAAUCUUUUCUUAUCAUUUGCAGUCUAUUUGAAGAACAUAUAUUGUAAGGAGGAUUCAUUACUGGUUCUUCAUGCUUUUGAAAUUCCACCUCUUCCAUACUCCUCAGGACCUUGUAAGUUACAUGUAAUUAAUGAUAAAUACUUGAACCUUUCUCAGCUAAGAUUGCCAAAUUGUUAUUUUGAUUUUGGCUCAGAGAGUUGGGGCUAACUGAGGUCUAACAGUCAAUGCCUCCAGCCAUGGUCACAGACAGCAUCAUGCGAUUUUUCUGUGGCUAUUUUCUUAAUUUUCCUGAAGAAGGCCAGCAAAUAUAGCUGCAAGAUUGAUUUCAAAUCAUUUUUAAUCUCAGGAUAAUGCUGAAAUUGAAUAAAACAAUGUGUAAAAUUUACCAUUUUCCUUUUGUCAUAGUUGUCUUUGCUUACUAUGAGGAGUGGAGCCAGAUGGUGGGUGAGUUAAGAGAACAAGCAAAAGAGAUGAUGAGGGCAUACGAGGAAAGAUGUAAAACACUUAAGGUUGUAAACCAGAAUUUGAUUUAAAUAUGAUCAAUCAUAAGUAUUUCAUAUUUCAUCAGUUAAGGGUUUUCAAGUUCUCAAUAAUAUUAAAUUUUUGACUGCACAGAGCAACCUGAGGAAUGAGCUAGUUUAAAUUAACCAGUUGCCCUGCUAAAUGGAAGUUGGCUGCCUGGGGUAUCCAGGCCAGCCAGCCCCUACAUAGAUUCUGUCCCAGUGACUGGUAAAUUCCCGCAAGCCAGCUAUGGGCCCCCAUUCCAGGAACCUGUCAUACUGAUGAAUCAGUGCAAGGAGACAUAAAGGGUACUAAGGGAGAGUGGGGAAAUGCUAAACACAACUGCUUCAAACUGCUCUGCACAAACAUAGCUGCUAUAAAAACCACUCAAGAAAAAGACUCAACAAUCCUGGCUGUGUACAGCAACAUCGUUCCAUGUGAGCCUUCACUUGGGAGUUUGACCGCUGAUCAGCAGAGACUGCUAAGCUUGUGGCAGUGAACUAUUUCUCAAAUUUUUCAUUUAACUAAAUAAACUGCCAGGUUCAUUUGAUAGGGAGUAUAAAUUUGUCCUUUUGUAAGACCAAUUUGGAGGGAAAAUUUUGUGGCAAUUGAUUGUGGAUGGGUCUUUGUAACACAGCUCUCAUCUGAUCUAUUUUGUCAUUUCUUUUCUAACAUGUAGUUACAUUAUGAAAUUAUUCUUGUGGUUGGCAAACCUGCUGGCAAUGUAAUAUGUACAGAAGCUUCUAAUGGAAAAGUUGACCUCAUCGUCACUGGAAACCGUGGACAAAGCGCAGCUCGACGUACAAUACUUGGUAGUGUUAGUGAUUAUGUGGUCCACCACUCGCAGUGUCCUGUCUGUGUAGUACCCCCAGCAGCAAAGUCAUGA